AUGCGUCUCAACUAUCCCGUAAUCUUCCCUCUCAACCAACUUACGUAUGUUGGCGAGGAUGACUCCCAAUUCUUUCGUCAAAUCCAUGGCAGGAGAUUCAAUGCCCUCAGUUCGAGGUAUAUGCUACCCGCCGACGAGGAAGAAGUUAGGCGAUCAGAGCUCCAGCACAAGACGAUACAAUUUCUCUUCGAUGGAAAGAACUAUGUUGGCCCCAUGGCUGACAUACUGAGACCCAAAGAGGGACAAGAGCGUUGUCGUGUCCUUGACUUGGGUACGGGAGGUGGUUUCUGUAUCUAUGACAGGGCUAUCGACAUUGCAGAUGAAUUUCCUUCAGCGGAAGUCAUAGGUAUCGACCUUGCUCCCGUUCAACCACGUGAAGUGCCUGCCAACUGCACGUUUGAGCUGUGUGAUUUGGAUCAGUUUUACCUACCUUACCCGAGCGAGCACUUCGACGUGAUUCACGCGCGGUUUAUGCACACGGGAAUAGAGAAUUAUCCUCGAUUUCUCCAUGAAAUCGCACGGAUGCUUCGCCCAGGUGGACUUGUCAUACUGAUUGAACCUGACACUGAACCAAUCGCGGAUGAGAAAUCAGCCUCACAUUUUAAGCGCUCCGGACAGCCGUCCGGAAUGCGUGGCUGGUUCACACUGUGGGAGACCUAUAGGAGGUGCCUGCGUGAUAAAGGCAUCGAUGUUAAUAUUCCUCCAGAACUCUCUAACCUCGUUGCAUCGACCGGGGCGUUCGAUAGGAUUGUCUCACAGGAAGGAAACAUUCCAAUAGGGUUUUGGCCAAAGGAUCCUGUUGCUCUCAGUAUCGGGCAGCUAGCGUGGAUGAACUAUGACAUCAUGCUUCCUGCGAUGAAGCCUCUCUUCUUGUCUUCUGGGAUGCGGGACUGGGAAGCAAAGAAACUGAUUGAAGAAGCCCAUCAGGAUCUAUAUUACCCACUAGUCCGAGCUUCCACGCGCCUCCACAUCGUACACGCAAUCAAGAAGGCAAAACUCCCUUGA